AUGGAAACUAAUUUUCAACUUAAAGACCAAAAUAUAUCAAUCCUGAUUCAUGGAAUGAAAGCUAAUUCCAAUCUAAUUAUAUUUACACAAUUAUUCAUUUCAAUAUCAGUGUUUUCCUUCAUCUUUUCACCUUCUUCCUUGUAUGUUCUCCUUCAUUACUUCAAAUUCUAUUUCUCAACUUUACCUUUUCAGCUAUACACUCAUAACAUAGACAAGAACAGCAUGUUCCUCCUUUGUAAUGGUCUCCUUGUUUUUGUUGGUUUAACCAAAUCUUUCUCAUCAUCUUCUAGCGAUACUGAUGAUCACAAACCUUCUAAUAACACUGAAGUUUCAUCAUCAUCAUCGCAAUAUAUUGAAGAAGAAAAUGAAGAAGGUUCUCAAUCUCAUAUACUUGAUGUUGAGGUCAAUGAGCCAAUGUGGGAGAGAGAAGCUGAGAAGAGAACUAGUGAACCAGAUGAACAAAGUGCUGAAGAAGAGGAAGAAAAAGUAGAAGAAGAAAACAUUGAAAAGAUAAUUUUGAUAGAUGAAGAAGUUGAACUAUUUGAUGGAGAUGACGAAGAGGAAUAUAAAGGGUCAGAAAUUGAUUACGUUCUCAUUGAAGAAAACAAUAUAGAAGAAGAAGAAGGGGAAGAAGAUUAUGUAGAAGAAGGAGAAGAUAGUUGUAUGUUAAGUACAGAAGAGUUAAACAAAAAGUUCGAAGAUUUCAUUAGAAAAAUGAAGGAAGAUCUAAGAAUUGAUGCUAGACGGCAUUUAGUAAUGGUCUGA